AUGCAAUUUGCUCGUUGUGUUCAAACCAUCGCGAAUUCUUGUCAAACUUUGUUCCGUUCAAAUCAGUUUCUAAAGGAGCUCUCAAAAUCUGGCCAAAUUGAUGAAGCCCGGAUAGUGUUUGAUAGUCUGCCAGAACGGGAUGAGUACACUUGGAAUACUAUGAUAGCUGCUUAUUUUAGUUCAGGAAGGCUAGCUGAAGCAAGAAAGGUUUUUGACGAUAUUCCUUGUAAAAGUUCUAUCACUUGGUCAUGCCUUAUUUCUGGAUAUUGUCAAUAUGGGUAUGGAUAUGAAGUUUUUGAUUUGUUUCAGCAAAUGAGGUUGGAGGGUCAAAACCCCAGCCAAUACACUUUAGCAAGUAUACUAAGGGUAUGUUCAAUGUUAGGGCUGAUCCAAAGUGGGGAAUUGAUCCAUGGGUAUGUGUUAAAGUCUGGAUUAGAAUCUAAUGUAUAUGUUUUGACUAGCCUUGUUGAUGUGUAUGCCAAGUGCAAGCGCAUAUCAGAAGCAGAAUAUCUCUUCAAGUUCUUGCCUAACAGUAGAGAAAAUCAUGUUCUUUGGACAUCUAUGCUUAGUGGUUAUGCUCAUAAUGGGGAUGGUCACAAGGCAAUUGAGUUUUUCCGUGAUAUGCACAAAGAAGGGGUUGAAUUGAAUCAUUUUACAUUUCCAAGCAUAUUGACAGCAUGUUCUGCUGUUUCAUCUCAAUGUUUUGGGGAACAGGUGCAUGGUUGCAUUGUUCAGAGUGGUUUUGGGACCAACAUAUAUGUUCAAAGCGUUCACUGGUUAAUAUGUAUGCAAAAUGCGGAGACCUGA